CUGUUAGUACAGAGCAGCUGGUGAGGACAAACAAAGCACUUUGGACAGCAGCAACUCGAGCAAAAUGAACCAGACAUUUUCAGACGAUUACAUCAAUGAAUCCUCAAGUGGAUAUGAUUGUCCGUGGUGUUUUAAUGAAAGUGAGACAGACCCUGUGUCUCCAGAGGUGAAAGAGUCCAUGAGGACACUUUCUCUGGUCAUCUACUGCCUGACGUUUCUCCUCGGAGUUCCCGGAAACAUGUUUGUUGUGUACAUCGCGGGAAUGAAGAUGAAGAGGACGGUUAAUACAAUAUGGUUUCUCAAUCUAGCGACUGCCGACCUCCUGUGCUGCCUUUCCAUACCCUUCAGUGUGGCGGAGAUCCUCCUUGAGCAUCACUGGCCGUAUGGAUCCGUCAUGUGCAAGAUUCUCCCCUCUGUUAUAGUCAUCAACAUGUUUGCCAGCGUUUUCAUUUUGAACUUGAUUAGUCUGGAUCGGUUUGCUCAGGUGAUCACGCCGGUUUGGGCUCAGAAUCAUCGUAAUUUGUUGAUUGCGCGACUGUCCUGUGCAACGGCCUGGCUCUUGGCUUUGUCGCUCAGCUUGCCCUUUAUGUUAUUAAGGCAAAUUUUCACUUAUGAGGAGUUUAACAUCACACUUUGCACUUUUCAUGCUGAUGAAGAAGGCGAUUCCAACCGUGCAACAUCUGGAAGGUUAAGCAUCAUCAGAUUUGUGUUUGGCUUUUUGGUUCCUCUCGUAUGCAUCACAACAUGCUACGGAUUCAUCGCACGCAAGUUAGGCAGGAGUCAUUUUCACUCUGGACGAGCGUUUCGCAUCAUGUUGGCUGUAAUCGUGGCCUUUUUUCUCUGCUGGUUGCCGUAUCACAUAGUAGAUUUGAUAGUCAUGUACGGAGAGGAAUCCAGUUCCUCUGUGGCUUCGGCAGUGGAUCCGUUGGCCGUCUCUUUGGCGUAUGUCAACAGCUGUCUGAACCCCGUUCUGUAUGUUUUCAUGGGGCAGGAUUUCAAAAGUAAGGUUAAACUUUCUCUAAGACGUGUUUUUGAAAGAGCUUUCUCUGAGGAGGGAACACAAGCAUCACGAUCCACAGUGUCACAACAAAUGCACUCCGUGUAGUGAAGAUAUCAACUCAUUUAUACUGAGUUCAGGUCAUUUUUCUCUGCCAAACCUAUGCACUUUCAGACUUGUUCCACUUGCUUUAAUAUUUACUUUUUUUUUUUUUCUUUUGCAUUAACCUCCCAAGUUUCUAGAUCAAAUACUGCUGUGAAC